AUGGAAACUUUGCGUUCAGGUGGUAAUACAACAUUUAUUUAUCUCUCUAACGAAGUAUUGUUUACUAUUUUUUCAGAUCCCAGACUUUUUGGAGUGCUUUUCGGCGGCCUUCUUUUGAUGACUUCUUCGGCUUCUUCAGCUAGUCUUGGGGACUACGAGGAGCUGUGCCGGCUGUUCAAGAACGGCACCCUAAUCCGAAAACCUGGCACCUGCGACCAGUACAUCCAGUGCUUCGAUGGCGAGGGCACCCUCUUAUCCUGUCCCUCCGGCCAGUUCUUUGAUCCCAACAAGAAUGCAUGUGUGGCCACGCUGGCCGGGAGCAACAAGUACUGUGGCAAUCGCUGCGAAGGAUUGGAUGGUCAGUGGGUGUCCGAUCCGACCGAGUGCCACUCGUACUUCUACUGCGCGAAUGGGGCUCCGCUGCAGGGUAUCUGCCCGUCGGGUCAGCACUUCGAGGAGAGCUCCCAGUCGUGUCUCUAUGGAACGGAUUCGCAUUGCGUGGAUGUGAAUAACAUUUGUGAGCUGGUGGCGGAUAAUACGAAAUUCCGGAAGGAGGACGACUGCAGCUACUAUUACGAAUGUGAUAAGACCGGAAAUCAUGUGGCCAAAGCAUGUUCCAAGACGUACUUCGAUGUGGAGAGCGGCAGCUGUGUGGAGCCCAGCAAGGUGGAGUGCACGGCUCAUCCGAAGAAAGACAUCUGCUCGAUCAGCAAGACGAUGGAAUUUAAAUCCGAUAAGGCCACCUGCCGUGGCUAUUUCGUCUGCAGGGCCCUCGACCCCGUCGCCGAUCUGGAUCCCCUGUGGCAGCAGUGCCCCGAGGGCUAUUUCUUCGACGACGAACUGAAGAUCUGUGCAGUGGCCACCUCGGUGGUCUGCACCCAUAACAGGUGCGAUGGACGUGGCACUAUGCUGGUCACCAGCAGCAGCAACGACUGCCACAACUUCAUCCGCUGUGUGGACAACAAGGAGGUGGAGGAGGAGAUCUGCCACUUCGAUCACUUCUUCGACGAGAGGAUCGAGGCCUGCUCCAGCACGAUUAUCUACGAUAAGUGCUGCGAUGGCCGCGAUUGA